GGCUGGGUUUGACACCAGCUGAGGCGGAUCUCCAACAUGAUUACAGCACACACAGGGCUGGAACAUAAUUGAUGACCUAAUUGCAAAACAGGGGAACGACCGCGGAGACGCGCUCCACUGAAAAAGUUUACUUGUUCUCCCACCAGAUUCCCCAACCAAACGCAAUUGAUGUGAGCAGAGGUGCAUUCGAGCACUUCUUUCCCACUGUCGCACCUUCACACUGCACUUAUCCACCUUUAAGUUUAUUUUUAUGAAUGAUUAUCUCUCGCAAUACAUCUUUGGAUACCUCGGCUACACCACGAACUCACCUCGGCACAUCUUUCUUGAAGUCUAAACGCCACCAAGACUUCUUCAACCACAAGCGCACUUGGAAAAUACUCUGAACUUCACAUUUCUUCUAACUGACGCUGAAGUAAACCUCAACAUGUCUAUCACAAGUCUGAAGUCUGAUUCCGAGACGAAUAACGUUUCCAUAGAAGA